AUGGGAUCUAUCUAAAGUUAAGAUGCUGCAGGUCAAAUUUACAUAUAAACAGAUUAAUCAUUUUACAUAGCCGGAGACACUGUGACUGGAAAAGUUUACGUCAAUCUCUAAUAGAAUUUUCCAUCUAACAUUGUAAACUUAAAGAUAAAAGGUUACGAGCAUUCAGAUUGGUCAGAAAGGCAUUAAAGAACUGUUAGUUAUUAAGAAAAUGGAUAAUCAAAAACUCGAACCGAAAACUAUUAUACUUACCAUAAAGGUCGAAAUACAUUUUUCUGUCAUAAUUUUCCUCUCUAUUCUUGGUAAGAUUGUUCUUUUAUGCCUGCUGGUUAAUAUACUUUCCCUUUUUAAUUUAUUCUAUAUAAUCAUCUUCCAGGCACUUAUCAUGAAAAUGGUUCUUAUUAGAACAUUUAGUAUAAAUCUAAUAUAAAAUAUAAGGUAAAAGCAGAAAUUAUUUCUGGAAAAAGAAAAAUUAAAGAUAAAUAAUAUCUUGUGAUAAGAGAGCCUUUAAAAAAUUUAGUGUAAGCUCAAUAUGGAGAAGGAACAGUUAAGCCUACAACGUGUUGUUGUAUUAGUUAAGGAACUUCAGUUAUAAGAUGUCAUUUUGAUAGGAACAGUUACUGUCCUGGAGAAACAGCUUAUAUAUUGGCUGAUAUAGAUAAUUCAGAGUGCGAUUUGGCAGUAAAGUCACUAGAGUGUACAUUCAAAAAAAUCCUCAAAUUAAAAUCUGAUUCAGGUCAUGAGACUGUAAUUAUUAAAAUUAUUUAAAUUAGGGAUUUCCCAGGAUGUCCAGCUCGUUAGACUGCUAUGAAUGAAAAUAGAAGGUAGGCCAGUAUAUAAUUACUAGCUGAAAACGGGACAUUAAUAUAGCCUUCGACUAAAGGCUAACUUGUGAAUUGCUAAUAUUAACUUAAAGUAGAAUGUAAACUCGAGGGAUGUACCUGCUGUUCGAAUGUCCCAGAUGUUGAAGUACCUAUUUGCCUAGUUUCGCCACCUGCUAUUGGUUAUGGAUAAGUUUAAGCACCUGUCAAUUGGAAUCCUUAAGUAUAUGAUGUGAAAAAUGUAGUUUUUUCAAACGAUUAUAUGUAUGCAUAAUAAGCACCAAUUAAUAAUAUGGGAGGUAUGAAUAUGUAAUAUCCUUAAAUGAAUAAUAAUAACUAAAUACCUUAUUAAUAAUAGAAUUAUUAGCCUCAACCUCUUUCUUCAUAAUAAUAACCAUUCUAGUAGCCUAGUUAAUAAUAAUAAUGUUAUUAGCCUUAUGCUAAUGAUUAUUCAGCUCCUCAGGCUCAAAUUAAUGGUACUUAGUAAUAACUUAUUUAAUGA